UGGACGAAUCUUGAUGCAUCCAUACUCAUAUUCGCUGGGAAUUUGGUUGGUCUGAUGUCUAUGUAUUUAUUAAUCGAAUUGGGAAUAUCUUGAAGUAUAACUAGGAACCUAAGAUUUACAGUAACCUUACCCGUACCGUACUAAGGCUACCUACUUACUUUUCAAGGUUACCCCGCCCCCCACAAGUUCAAAAAAGUUCUCACACAUUUCCGCUGAGCAUAGGAUAGCAUCAUCACGAGUUUUCCUAUCCAGUCCCAUUGAUAUCUUUCCGCUCCGCCUGGACAAUUUCUAUUACACAUACCUACAUGUGUUUUAUUUAUCCCUCCCUCAUCUCAUCUCAUACCUCUUUGUUCAUGUUCUAGAAGCAUACACAUACACACAUCUAAAUCCCAACUCCCCAAAUACGAUAAUGGCACCCUCACCCCUCCAACAAAGAAGAACGCAUAAUACACUACUUUUUCAGAAAUUGCUGAAUUUGAGAGAUGGAGCGAGUCCGCUUACGUUGGUGCUGGAUUCGUUGGAGCAGAGUGGGAGGGGGGUUGUGAGGGAGUUUUGGAGGAGAGCUUUGAUUUCGAAAUCAAAAGUCAUCUUCGUAUCUUUCUCUACUCUCCAAAAACGUCUACCCUUUGCUCCAGAUGUUUUUGUCUCAGCUCAUAGUAAACCACUUGCUCAACUUCGUCGAGAAAUUGUAGCGCAUUUACCUUCGCCUACAACUCCCCCUUCAGCUUCUCAGCAAAAAAUCCUCCUCAUUAUCGAUAAUCUCCAUCCCCUCGCAGCUCACCCAGAGCACCUCUCCCCAUUCCUCUCUUCCCUGAUUAUCCACCCCACAAUCUCUCUCCUCUGUACCCACCACCUUGACAUCCCUCUUCCCUCCUCAACAACAAAUCCCUACAUCCCCACUUCCCUCACAACUCUCCUCUUCCUCGCCACCGCCAUCAUCACCCCCCAAAACUUCACCCACGAAUUGGCCCGCAAACGAGCGCGCGACAAGUCAGCACGCGAACCCGAAUUCGGCACCGCAGAGGGAAAAGAAGGUGUACUUAUGGGUUUUGGCAAUAAUGCUAGUAUGACCAGCGAAGCGAAAAACGGGGAAAUCGUCCUAAUCCUCGAACUGCGACGGAAAUCCGGAAGAGGAACUCGUGAAACUUUCAUCUACACACCGCCUUCACAUCAUACCACAUCUCCCACGACGAAAGAUAUAGGAAGCAUUCAACUUCUCGAUGAGCAUCCUGCUUUCGCGGUCCCGGAUAUCUCGGAUGCGGCGAUGGGGAAGGAGGAGGAGGGGAUAGAGGGCGAUGUAACGUUUUCCCUGGGAUUGACGGAGAAACAGAAGAGGGAUAGGGAGAAUGUUGUACUGCCGUAUUUUGAUGCGCAGAAAGAGGGUGGGAUUGGGAGUGGUGGAAAGAUUCUUUAUGAGAUGGGAGCGGAGGAUAGAGAAGAUUUUGAUGAUGAGGAGGAUGAGAUUUAGGAGGAGAAGUGGUUUUGGUUUCGCGCUUAUUUGGAGGGGGGUGAGCUGAUGAUGUCUUGUCUGGAAUGAAGUUUUGAGAUUGAGAUUCUUGAAUAGAAUGGUAGAUUAGGGGUUCGUACUCUCGAAUUCUUGAGUAUCUGCGUAGAUAGAUAGUCUAUCAAUUUGAGAACUGAUAUCUUGAUGGUUGAUUGAUCGAAUGGAGAGACUCUGAUAGAACUAGCAAGAAGAAAU